ACCAAGAUGGUGUGUUACUUCACCAACUGGUCCCAGUACAGACCCGGAACAGGACGAUACCUGCCCGCCAACGUGGACCCCUUCUUGUGCACCCACCUGAUCUACGCUUUCUCCAUCAUCAACUACGCCAACGAGCUGGUCACCUACGAGUGGAACGACGAGACCCUCUACAAGUCUUUCAAUGGCCUGAAAGACAGGUUCACCAUCAUGGUGUCCUCACCAGCCAACAGACAGAGGUUCAUUCAGUCCUCCAUCAAAUUCCUGAGGACGCACGGCUUCGACGGGCUGGACCUGGACUGGGAGUACCCCGGAGCUCGAGGGAGCCCCCCGGAGGACAAGCAGAGAUUCACAUUGCUGUGCAAGGAACUAAUGGAGGCAUUUGUGAAUGAGGGGCGAGACACCGGCCGCCCAAGGCUGCUGCUCUCAGCAGCAGUGGCUGCAGGCAAGGGGAACAUCGAUGGUGGUUACGAAAUCGCCGAAAUGUCGCAACACUUGGACUUCAUCAACGUCAUGACCUAUGACUUCCACGGGGCCUGGGACAGCUUCACCGGACACAACAGCCCCCUGUACGGCAGCUCUGUCGAUGAGGGCGAGCACAUCCACUUCAACACGGACUUUGCUAUGCGGUACUGGAGGGACCAGGGCGCUCCGGAGGACAAGCUCCUGAUGGGCUUUGCCACGUAUGGCCGCACGUUCCGCCUCGUCUCCGCCGAUCACGUGGUGGGCGCCCCGGCCAGUGGGGCGGCCCCUGCCGGACCCUACACCAGGGAGGCCGGAUUCUGGUCCUACUACGAGAUCUGUAAUUUCCUCCAUGGAGCUACAGUUCAGUGGCUUACAGAUCAGAAGGUUCCCUAUGCUGUUAAAGGAAAUGAGUGGGUUGGCUAUGACAGCAAAGAGAGCUACGAGAUGAAGGUCCGCUACCUAAAGGACAAAAAGUUUGGUGGGGCCUUUGUUUGGGCACUGGACCUUGAUGACUUUUCUGGACAGUACUGUGGUGGAGAACAUUACCCUCUGAUGAACUACCUGCGUACCCUGCUCAAUAUAGAAUUGCCCCCCCUGCCUCCGACAAUCAAGCCCACUGGAGGACCCAUAACUACCACCACCAUUGCCCCCACCACCACUACCACCAUUGCCCCCACCACCAAAACCACUGCUCCCACCCCUCCCGACGCACCCGGAGAUGGGUUCUGUGGCAACAGACACGACGGCCUGUACGCCAGCGAUCAGGAUCCCAACGCCUUCUACCAGUGCUUCAAUGGCAACACCUACGUACAGAAGUGCCACCCUGGCCUCGUCUUCAAUGACAGCUGCAAGUGCUGCGAUUGGAAAUAAUCCCCCCGGCUCCCACUAAAAUGAACAGAAAAAGAAAUAACAAGCUAUUUUCUGGCUAUUUCUCGAUAAUCCCCAAGGGGAUCCACAAGUAUUGGCUGCCAGAAGUAUAGCCGAUCAGCGUCCGCCUUGCUCUGUUUGUUGUUACAAAUGUACUCUGUGAUUGGUGGAGAUCUUGUUUUCUACCAGUAAGGUGACAUUACGACAGUCUCCUUACACUGGGGGAUGGAAGAACGAUAGACAUGGCUGUCCAUCAUUCAGUUUUCUCUGUACAUCAUGGUCUGGCUCAUGUUGUGCUCCUCCUAGAAUGAAAAGGGAGGGGAAGAAAGAAUGAAGAGGACUUAAAAAGGAACAAAAAACUAAAGAAAAAAGGUUAAAUGGAAUGGAAAGCUGAAGACGGUGUUAAAUGAUCGUUUCCUCCUGUAUUUCUGUUGCGUGUGGAGAGAGGAAAUGGUUGGGGGGUUUUUUUGUGGGGGUUUUGUUUUCAUUCAUUGCCUAGGAGUUAUCCAUUAUGUUUGUAUCUUUUUGUUUGUUCUUGAAUCUGAUUCACUGGUUCUAAGCCCCAAUCUGUAAAUAACAUAAAAGCAAAAAGGAAUAAAUGAAUAAACCAAUAAAUAGAAA